CUAGGAGGGGAAGCGGCGGUGACGCGGGCGUCUGGCUCGCCAGGACCGUGUCUCGGGGAAGUCGGGUGCUGGGGCGGGAGAGGCCUCUUCCGCACUAGGGGACAGAGCCUAACGGGGAGGUCGCGGGGCCCCGACCCUGCCACGUCUCGGCCGACUGCGGCCUGACUGACUGGGCUUCCCCUGGGCGCUUUCCCAUCUUCGAGGCCGGGCCCCUGAGGGUCUCCGUUUUCGGCCCAGCACCUGUCGUGGGGAGCGGCACACGCUAUUUCAGGGCCUGGGUCCCCGCUGGGUUUUUCUGAGUUGAAGCGGAGGUGGAAGGAAACGCAGUCUCUCCUCUCCAGUGGUCUGGAUAAAGGGAACCCGCCCCCUGGUGGGAAACGCCGCUCUGUGAAAUCUGCUUUCCAAUUUCAUUAGGGGUAUGCUGCAUGCGUUUCCUGUAGAUGUGGGGCUGGUGACUUUCUCCCCAGAUGCUGAGGUGCCUGGAUCCCUGGCGCAGGCCAUUACUGAGCUGCAGUUGGAGUAGACUGUGCCUUCUGAAGCAGAAUCUGUUUACCAUGAAGUUGCAGUCUCCAGAAUUCCAGUCACUUUUCACAGAAGGAUUGAAGAGUCUGACAGAAUUAUUUGUCAAAGAAAAGCAUGAAUUGAGAAUAGCAGGAGGAGCAGUGAGGGAUUUAUUAAGUGGAGUAAAACCUCAGGAUGUGGAUUUCGCUACCACCGCUACCCCCACUCAGAUGAAGGAGCUGUUCCAGGCGGCCGGCGUUCGCAUGAUCAACAACAAAGGAGAAAAACACGGGACGAUCACCGCCAGGCUUCAUGAAGAGAAUUUUGAAAUUACCACGUUACGGAUAGAUGUUACCACCGAUGGAAGACAUGCCGAGGUCGAGUUCACAACCGACUGGCAGAAGGAUGCUGAACGCAGAGAUCUCACCAUAAAUUCUAUGUUUUUAGGUUUUGAUGGUACUUUAUUCGACUACUUUAAUGGUUAUGAAGAUUUGAAAAAUAAAAAAGUUAGAUUUGUUGGACAAGCUAAACAGAGGAUACAAGAAGAUUAUCUCCGAAUUUUAAGAUAUUUUAGGUUUUAUGGGAAAAUUGUAGACAAACCUGGUGACCAUGAUUCUGAGACUUUGGAAGCAAUUGCAGAAAAUGCGAAAGGCUUGUCUGGAAUAUCAGGAGAGAGGAUUUGGGUGGAACUGAAAAAAAUCCUCACUGGUAACCAUGUGAAUCAUUUGAUGCACCUCAUCUAUGAUCUUGACGUGGCGCCUUACAUAGGCUUACCUGCUAAUGCAAGUUUAGAAGAAUUUAACAGAGUGAGUAAGAAUGUUGAAGGUUUUUCACCAAAGCCAAUGACUCUCUUGACCUCAUUAUUCAAAGUACAGGAUGAUGUCACAAAAUUGGAUCUGAGGUUGAAGAUUUCAAAAGAAGAGAAGAAUCUUGGUUUAUUUAUAGUUAAAAACAGGAAAGAUUUAAUUAAAGCAACAGAUAGUUCGGAGCCACUGAAACCCUAUCAAGACUUCAUUAUAGAUUCUAGAGAGUCUGAUGCAACUGCUCGCGUCUGUGAACUGCUCAAGUACCAGGGAGAGCACUGUCUUCUGAAGGAGAUGCAGCAGUGGUCCAUCCCUCCCUUUCCUGUAAGUGGCCAUGACAUCAGAAAAGUGGGCAUUUCUUCUGGCAAAGAAAUUGGGGUCCUCUUACAACAGUUGCGAGAACAGUGGAAGAAAAGUGGUUACCAAAUGGAAAAAGAUGAACUUCUAAGUUACAUAAAGAAGACCUAAAAACUGGUGAGAGCUGGCUACUAAAAAGCAAGACAAUGUUUGGUAAGACUAGGUUUUCUUCCCCCCGCUUCCUUUUAAAGACUUGAAUAUAUAGCAGAAUAGAAGCCAGUUUAGCAUAUUUUGUAAAAUAUAAUUAUAUUUCAGGCACUAAACUGAAGUCUACCUCCUCUUAAUCUGACUUAUAUCACUGAACCUUGUAUUUCUUUUGCAAUAGUUCCUACUGAGAAGAGUAGAGUUGGAUUCGCCUAUCUUAAUCUGUCAAGGCCUUUUUAAAAAAGUGGUUUUUGUCUGUUUUUGCAUAGGGCAGAACUAAGAGUGAUCCUAAAAAGCGGUAACUGUCUUGAAGAAAAAAAUGUUUUAUUAUUUGCAAUGGAAGUAACCGAGUUAAUUUUAUACAAUAAUUGUCUAAGUGUCAGGUUUUAUGUAAACUGAAGAAUAAACUUGUGCUUGAAAGUAGUUGACAAAUUUGCAUCAAAUACCCGAUGUAAACUGUGAGGACCAGCUGUGCCCCAGGUGGCUGUCACUCCUGCAUCCAGCACCGGCUCUGGCAAGCUGUGUUCCAGUUUGCAGUCAGUACUUUCCUGUCAGAGCGAUUUCCUUACCUGCCCGCUAAGCCUGGGAAUGGUGAGCUUGCGGGUUACUCUUGAGCCUGUUACUUCACUAAACAUUUCCUUCGGAAUGGAGGAUAAACGUGGUGUCAGACAGUACGUGUCAGGUGCCAUGGAUACAUGGUGCUCCUGUCCCUUCAAAGUAAAGUAAAAAGUUGCUUCCAGUGGGUGAAGCGGUGCACGGCACAGGGCGCCAUUUCAGGUGCUGUAUGCUGACAUCUGUUAACUGAUCUUCCUCUCUGUGUUGCCAGUCAUAGCAUCUGUAUGCUCUGCGGGCAAAGAGCAGUUCUACACCUUGAUAAACCAGUUUUGGAAAGCAUAUUUCUGGUAAAGCCCAGCUAAGAGGAAGUGUGGCAGACUCUCAGUAUAACGGGCUGUGGUGCAAGAGAGGGAGCCUCCGAAGCGCCCGCACACAGGUCAGUGACGAGCUGUGGCAGAGAGUAACGCACUGACGUGGGUGCGUGCUGCCGGGACACGCUGGGGCCCAGCGCGGCAGAACGCCUGCUGGUCCGCAGGCGAAGUGUACAGGUUUUGCUAUUUCAGAGGCCCGGUGUUGGCAUGUAUAAACCAUUUUAACAUAGUAUUUAUAUGCAUCUUUUUAAUAUACCAGCAGUUUUGUUUGCAA